AUGGCAUCAAGCCCCCUCUCCCUUCGACAGCGGCAAAUUGCCGCAAUUGAGAAUAUAUUAAACCUGAACCAUGGCGUUCCGCCUCAAAAUGAGCUCCACGGGGACGCAACGGCGGGGAGCGGCCUCAUACCUCGCGCUGCCCCUUUGCUGAACGAAGACGGUGACCCAGUGUGGAAGAUUCUUGUUUUCGACAACCUAGGCCGUGAUGUCAUUAGCAGCGUCCUCCGGGUGAACGACCUUCGAAGCUGGGGUGUCACAAUCCACCUCAACCUGAACUCACGCCGUUACCCUAUUCCAGAUGUCCCUGUUAUAUACUUGGUUGAACCAACCGCCGAAAAUGUUAAGAUGAUUACUUCAGACUUGUCCAAGGGCCUCUACUCCCCCGCAUACGUGAACUUCCUCUCUUCGAUCCCUCGACCUAUCCUAGAAGAUUUUGCUGCGGAGAUCGCUGCUACUGAGACAUCAGAUAAGGUCGCCCAGAUUUAUGACCAAUAUUUGAAUUUUACUGUUGCAGAGCCAGAGCUAUUCAGUCUGGGCAUGGGCAAGGAUACAUACUGGAAAAUUAACAGCGCAGCUACCAAGGACGAAGAGCUGGACGCUGUCGUGGAUAGAAUUGUCAGUGGCCUGUUUAGUGUCAGUGUUACAAUGGGGUCGAUACCUAUCAUCAGAUGCCCUAAAGGGGGCGCCGCUGAACUGAUCGCCGCGAAACUGGACCGAAAACUCCGAGAUCAUAUUUUAAACUCCAAGGAUAACCUGUUUUCUGGUGGCAGUCAGCGACAGCAGGGAGGUACGCUUCCGUCAAUCAGGCCUGUUCUAAUAAUAGUUGAUCGGAAUGUCGACCUCGUCCCGAUGCUCUCCCACUCAUGGACAUAUCAAUCGCUCAUUCACGACGUUUUGAAAAUGCACCUGAACCGUAUUACUGUGGAGUCUCCCGUGGAUGAGUCCAAUCUAGCGAAGGGAACCACCAGUAAAUCCUAUGAUUUAAAUGUCAACGAUUUCUUUUGGAACCGAAACUCAGGAGUUCCAUUCCCCCAGGUUGCUGAAGACAUCGAUACCGAGUUAACUCGCUACAAAGAUGACGCCAAUGAGAUCACGAAGAAGACCGGAGCAUCUUCGAUUGAAGAUCUCAAUAUCGAUGCUGGUGCAUCCGCUCAACAUCUCAAAACAGCAAUCACGCUUCUUCCGGAGCUACGCGAACGAAAAUCCCUUCUCGAUAUGCAUAUGAACAUUGCCACAGCCUUGCUUAAGGGGAUUAAAGACCGCCAGCUCGACAACUUCUUUCAGCUUGAAGAAAAUAUUAACAAACAAAACAAAGCGCAGAUGCUUGAGAUCAUAUCAGAUCCUGAGCGAGGGAAUAACCCGGUUGACAAGCUGAGACUAUUUAUCAUUUGGUUCUUGAGCACGGAGUCGGAUUUGUCUCGUGCAGAAAUGAACCGUUUUGAAGAAGCAUUGACACAAGCCGGCUGUCCUGAUAUCAGCUCCCUGGCUUAUGUAAAGCGUGUGCGUGAGAUCACACGUAUGACUAUGAUGUCGACCUCAUCAUCAACAGCACCUCAACAACCAUCCUCUGACCUCUUCCGUGGCUUUUCAUCCCUAUCCAACCGUCUUACGGAUCGAAUCACAGCAGGUGCUCUUGGUGCAAACUUUGACUCGCUCAUCUCAGGCGUGAAGAACUUCCUCCCUGUUAACAAAGAUCUGACCGUCACCAAGAUUACUGAAUCGAUUAUGGACCCAUCAGCUGCGUCUAGCUCAACCAUAGCCCUUACGGAGAACUACCUCUACUUUGACCCGCGGAGUGCGAACGCCCGUGGGGCGAUGCCGCCAUCAAUUUCAUCGACGCGUAACGCCCAAUCCAGUGGGACGGGAGGGACGGCAACAAGCGGAACAAGCGCGACGUUUGGUCAACGGCGCCAAGCAUUUAACGAAGGGAUUGUCUUCACCGUGGGCGGUGGCAGCAUGGAUGAGUACGGCAAUUUGCAGGACUGGGUGCAUCGAACCAGUGGUGGACAGGGGGUAGCUGGGGCCUCUGUGGUCAGUGGUGGGAAUGGAACUGGUACCGGUACCAGCGGCACAUCUAAUGGCUCUAGCAUUGGCUCCGGGAGGAGAGUUGUAUACGGCAGCACCGAGUUAAUGAAUGCCGCCGACUUUUUGACAGAAGCUCUUGGUAAGCUUGGACACGAGAAUAGAUAG